CUUCUGGUGGAUUCCUUUCUGGGAUUUCCAUUCACCAACCUUGGAUUUCUUGUUUGCUAAGUUCUGUUCGUCCUCAGGCGGUGAAAAUUCAUAAAGAAGUCGGAGAUUUCCAGUUCCAAAGCUGCUUUGGAUUUGAUUUCUGUUGCUACAAUGUCUUCUCCCGCCGAAUUUUACAACUCUCUUCCACCUAUAAGUAAGGCGUAUGGAACUAUGUGUCUUUUGGCAACUACAGCAUUCCAGCUUGGCUUGUACGAUCCCGGGCUUAUUGCGUUGGAUUAUGAACUCGUUUUCAAGCAUUUCCAGGUGUGGAGACUAUUCACAAACUUCUUCUUCCUAGGAAAAUUCUCUAUCAAUUUUGGAAUUCGUUUACUUAUGAUAGCAAGAUAUGGGGUACAACUUGAGAAUGGACCAUUUCAGAGGCGAACAGCAGAUUUUCUGUGGAUGAUGAUAUUUGGAGCCUUAACAUUACUGGUACUUUCUGCUAUCCCAAUCUUCUCGUUUUCAGUCUUAGGGAUAUCACUUGUGUUUAUGCUUCUCUACGUCUGGAGUCGAGAAUUUCCUAAUGCACAGAUCAACAUAUAUGGCCUUGUGACUCUUAAGGCAUUUUAUCUGCCAUGGGCCAUGCUAGCGCUGGAUGUCAUUUUUGGUUCUCCUCUUGUACCUGAUUUACUAGGAAUCCUAGCAGGGCAUUUGUACUACUUUUUGACCGUGUUGCAUCCAUUGGCAGGCGGAAAGAACAUAUUGAGAACUCCAUUUUGGGUACAGAGGAUAGUCUCAAGGUGGAGGAUAGGCGCUCCACCAAUUCAACGUGCAGUGCCUGAUGAUAGGCGUACGAGUGGAGCUUUCAGAGGGAGGUCUUAUCGGCUUAAUGACUAAACUACUUCUCUUCUGUGUAAGAAAACAAAAAAUGGCUAUCCUCUUUUAACAUUGUGCCUGCUAACAUGAAGAGGUAAAGUUUGGGUUAAAAAAUUCGAUUCGAUUUGAAAAAGUUCGUCUCAAGCUAAUGAUGUAUUUAUGUUCCGAAUAGCGAUCUGCAGGUACUUUUGUUUGUGAUCACAUUUGCUUAUUGGGUAUCGAUCGGUAGGUGCUAAUGUUUCUCGUUGAAAGGAAUUUGUAUUCGGAAAUUUUGUCUUGCGGGGGAUAGGAAUUGUGAUUGUUGAGUUUAUAUUUGAGAUACUGCUUCUGAACUCCAUAAUCAAAUAAAAUCUUUCUGAUUAGAAAUAGCA